AUGGUGUUCCAGCUUGUGUUGUCAAAUCUUGUUGUGUGUGUUUUAUCAUCCGCGCAACUGGACAUCCAUAUCUUUAAUGUUGGACAAGCCGAUUCCCAACUGAUAGUUUUUCCCUCUGGAUAUUCCAUCUUAAUUGAUGCUGGCGAGACGUCAUCUGGUUCUAUGAAUUGCAAGAAGAUAGCUGAACGUGUCAAGUCUAUAUUAGGACACACCAGAGUCGAUGUAGGAGUUGUUACACAUUUACAUCAAGAUCAUGUAGGAGUCCCCUAUAAGAGUGGGUUCUGGUAUUUAAUAGAACAUGAAAGAUGGUAUAGUCGACUGUGCCACAGAAGAAUGAUAUCAUUGGCAUACAGUGGGAACAAUAUCAUCAACAGCAAUAAAAGUGGGUU